GUUAAAUUUAAAUUUUGUAAUUUCUUGUUUUUUACUUUUUUUAAUUAUAAUUGUGUAAUUUGUUACAUUUAUUUGUAAAGUUUACUUGCCCUUGUUAAAAUAUAUUUAUUUCAAAUUUUAGUACAAAGUAUUUCAUUAAAAAUAUGAUAGCAUAAUAAAUAUACUGGUAAAAAAUCUAUAUUUUUAAGGUUUUUUUUUUUGGGGCCUAAACUCACAAGAACUCGUCUUUAACAGUUCACAAUGAAUAAGGAAUUUCUCAUAAAAGACUCGGUCACAACAUUGGCUGUUGCUAUUGCCGAACAUCAGCUAAUUCCUAAUACCGUUCACUUGGCUAAUUGCGUAGACAGGUUGAAUAAUGCAUUGAAUCCGCUGUGGAUAAAAAAUCAAGACGAUAUGCUUUGUUUGCUUGAAGUUUGUCUGCAAAUUGAACCGACGGAAAUUAAUUUAAUUGCCAAGUGUUCGAAAGCGUUGGUCAAGAUAAUACCAAAACUAGGAUCAUGUGAAGAAAAGCAUGUUAAAAAUUUAAUUUCUUGGAUCAUGUCGAGUAUUUUACACGUUAAUGACCUAGAACAUGACUCGACGGAACAAUUUAAUGACAUUCUAAAUUUGUAUACCUGUACGUUACAAUAUUACGGCAGUCAAAAUUCAAACAAAAACAAUGAAGUGAUAUGUCACGUAAUGUCUGUAUUUUCAUCAUUAUUAAAUGAAAUUAAAAGUGGAAAAAUGGCCGAAAAUACAACUCUUAAACUUGCUUGUGUACAGUUUCUCAAUGCUACUGUCAGCUAUUUAAAAGAUUAUCCGAGCGUGGACUGUGUUGGCACGUUUAUUAUUAAUUUGUUGGAACAGUCGAUCAAUCAAAAUUACAAUCUACAACCUUGUCAAAAAUUGGACAUUUUAAAAUAUUCAUUAAAAAUUUUACUACAACUUGUAGACGAGUCUAAACUUUGGACCAAUAAUAAUUUCAACAAACUCUUGUCGCUCGUUUUGUUAUACUUACGGUAUGGAUUAAUAUCAGACUAUUCUAAGCUGCCAAACGAUUUGCAACCGUCUCCAAUCGUCCAAUGGGAAACGCCGUCACGUCUGGAUAUAGGGCAAACGACAAAUUUGACAAAUAAACAUCGUCGAAAAAAAAAGAUAAUUACAGAAUCCAAAAAUAAGGUACCAAAAUUAUUUACGUUUACUGCCGACGACGAGGCCUUAAUGAACGUGAGAGAUUCGGAUUUUUCCGAGGACGAACCUUCAAUGACCGGUACGUGUGGACGUGGGGCGUGGGAUGUACGACUAUUGGCGGCACAAACGAUGAAAAAACUAUUCACGACUGUAGAAAAAAAAACGUUAUUGGGAUACUUAUACACGAUUAUUGAUGGCCCGAUGGACAUACAGAAUUGUCUGCAGCCAAAUGUCGGAACGUUCACUAGGGAUCCUUGUUCAAAAGUACGAGCCACUGUUAUAACCGCUAUAACGACGAUAUUUAACGGUUCGAAAAUAUUUUUCGCUCAAGCUCAGUACAGAGAGAAAAAAGGAGCGUUUACAACGUGGUCGGAAACACUGGCCGACUAUAUCAUCUCGAUGCACGACACGCUGUUAAAAGAUUUUGAGUGUGAAACACUCGGAGUUCGUUUAGUGUUGUUACACUGUUUUUCUACAAUGAUAACAAACACGGCGUACGCAAAAAUGAAUAAAAACCUCCUCGGAUCGUUGUUGAACGUCUUACUUGUAUUCACCAAAUGCGAACCUUGCGAAAACUAUUUGCGAAUCGGAGUUCUACGGUGCCUGUCGUCAGUUUUCAAUAAUCCUGAACUUCCCGAUUUUGAAAAAGACUUGUUAAUUAAACACAGAUCGGACAUUAUAAAUCUCUGUUUGUAUUUGUUUAAAGAAACUAAGACGGCCCUCGAAGGCGACCAAAAUGCCCCACAGAUGGUUUUGAGACGCCAGUGUUGGCAAAUGUUAAACAGUUAUUGUAACCAUUACGACAGUUUAAUUGAAAACAGAAUGAUAAUCAACAUCGGCGUUGAAGACAUGAAAUACACCAAACAGAACUUGCUACGCAAAAACGUAUUGUUGUGUUUCAAGCAAAUGUCUGCCAUGUCCGAGGGUAAACACUGUGAUUCGGCUAGACUAGAAAAAUGGAAAUUCAUUUUUCGAAAAGUCGCUCCGCAAGUGUUUGAAGAGCGGAACGCUAUGAUUUUGUCCAUUCUGAUCGAAAGUUUUUCUACGAUUGGUUCGGGAUUAUUUUCCGAUCUCGAGGACGAGUUAGUAAAUCCUUACUGUAAUGAUCUCCACACGUUUGCCGUUUGCACCGAUGUAAACAUUCAGUCGGCCGCAAUAGCAACUCUGGGUACGUUGAUCAAGUACGACAAAUUGUUAAAUCAACCUCGCUAUGUUGAACAAACCAUUGACGAUUUGCUUUAUGUAUCGUCCACGAACAAUAUACAUUCCGUUCAAGAAAAACUCGCAUGGACGUUCAAUUGCUUGGCUGAAGUUUUAGUCGAUAAUUGGAUGUCAUAUGAAAUUGAAGACCUAAAAUUGAUAGCUUUAGUUAAAGCUACGCUUUCUACUUUGGACCGCAAACCGUGUAGAGCUUGUGGUACCAGAGCAUUGGGUCUUUUCUUAUCGCUGAUCGAUAAUACCAGUAUCGCCGAAGCACAAGCUAGACCUCUGUUCCAGGAGUCGAUAGAAGUGUUGAUAAACAUAGCCAACGGAAACGAUAGUAUGAAAAACCGCUGGAAUAGUUGUAAUUCUUUAGGAAUAAUUUACCAAACAAAUUAUUUACAAAAAUUGCCAGUAAUUUUACAAAACGACAUAUUCAACACCUUAUCAACUUUGAUCGUGAGCUGCAGUAAUUUCAAAGUCAGACACGUGGCUUGUUCGUCGUUAAUGUUUGACCGCCGGGAACUGUAUGGCGUGAACUAUUUGAAAAUGUGGCAUCGACUGUUUGACGCUUUCGAAAACGCUCAAAACUUGCCACACAUUUGCGAAUACAAACAUAAAGAAAAACUUAUGAAUCAGCUUUGUGCGUCGUUUUGCAACCUUUGCCGCUUGCUAGAAUCGUCCGACAUAAGUAAUUUGGCCGACCUGUUCGAUUCCCGUCUACACCUGGCACGAGAAGAAAUCGACAAAUACUAUAAUUCACUAGACGUCACCAAUUGCUCCAUCCAAUUAUCGACCACUCAUAACAAUUUACAAAACUUGUUAAAACAGCCUCGGCUUACAGCCAAACAAAUAGAAACCGUUCGGCAUUUGUUGAGCAUAUUCAAUUAUCGUUAAAUAGAAAAAAUUA